AUGCAGCUUGACCAAGGCAUCAAGGCUAAACUCAAGUCGGCACAAAGGACGCAAAAGGCCAAGAAAUCAGGGAGAUUGAUGAAGGGGAGUGAUCAAGCAAAAAUUAGAGCUCCCUAUGAUUCUCAUUUACCUUCUUUCACGCUGGAUUCUCCUAUUUAUGGAUUUGGAGUGUCGAAAGUACUGGAUUCGUCUCAUCCAAAUUUCAAGACGGGCGAGCUAGUUUGGGGGUUUACUGGCUGGGAGGAGUAUAGCCUUAUUAAAGAUCCAGACCAAUUGUUUAAGGUUCAAGAUAAAGAUUUGCCCCUCUCUUAUUAUAUAGGGAUUCUUGGCAUGCCUGGCAUGACAGCUUAUGUUGGUUUUUUCAAGUUUUGCUCUCCCAAAAAGGGGGAAACUGUGUAUGUCUCUGCUGCAUCCGGAGCUGUUGGUCAGCUCGUUGGUCAGUUUGCAAAGAUCGCAGGGUGUUACGUUGUUGGGAGUGGGGGAGCAAAGAAAAGGUCGAUCUCUUGAAGAACAAAUUCGGGUUUGACGAAGCAUUCAACUACAAAGAAGAGCAAGACUAUAAUGCAGCGUUGAAGAGGUUCUAUCAUUGCUAUAAAAAUGUGUAUACUUAUUUAACAUUGAAGAAUAGUUAGUAAUUUAACACACAAUA